AUGUCGAGGUACUUUGACAUCGACAGCUUCCUCGCGGAGCAGACGAGGGUUCCGGUGGUGUUCAACAGCGGGUGCACGGGCCUGGGGAAAGAGAUGGACAAGAUGUGCCAGACGCGGGACCUUCCGAUGGGCGAGGAGGUGGAGCUGCCCUUCUGGCUGGUGCCCAAGCUCUUCGAGCAGAACAUGGUGGGGCCCAAGAUGCCGGACUGCUUCGACGAGCGCGUGUGGCAGGUGGUGGAGGCGGAACCCAAGAACGUGCCCCUGAGGGACUUUAACCCGCACUUCUUCGAGUUUGGCGCCAGGUUCACCGAGCUCCUGCGCGACGAGGAGCUCCACGAGCAGCUCGAGAAGGCGUUCACCGCGAGGUACAGCAAGCUCCUGGUGGGCGCCGCGCUGAGCACGUCGGAGUUCAAGGACAGGCACCUCCUGUCCAGGGAGGAGGAGAAGCUGCUGGACGCGGGGCGGGAUAGCAUGAAGGCGUUCCACGACUGGAAGUACUCCACCACGGAGAAACUCACGGUGGCGCACACGGUCAAGGCGAACAAGAAGAGACGCGCGGGUGGGGCGUACGGUUCGAACCAGCGCAGGGCGAUGGGCGACAACCUGACCAACAGGGUCUGA